CUGCAGAAACAGCGGGGCAACUCGCUCCUUUGGCUUCAUCCCUGAUCUGUUGCCAUACCUUUCUCUCGGUUAGCUCGCGCCUGACUGCGAGAGAGAGGGAUGGUCAACGUCCUUGUCAAACCUUGAGACGGGACCGCCCCCAUCAGCAAAAGAGCCUGACUCUUGGGAACAACUGCUCAGCAUGGCAAAGUCAGCCACGUCUGGCCUAUUCUUCCAUCUCUCAGCCCUCCUCCUCGUUUUCGUCUCCACGGUCCUUCUCUUUCUGACGGUAUUGAUGAAUAUUCCCCUCCCCUUCGAGGAGACUCCGUCGAGCAACGCGGUGAGGUAUCGAGCAUGGCUCCUCACUGUCGAUGCGGGAGUUCCGAUCCGACAGAUCGAUGGACCGAUCAACGGUCCCAUAGGACCGUUUGGACCAACAUCUAGCCCUGACGAUGGCACAGUCUUUGGAUUUGGUAUUUGGGGCUGGUGUCAAUGGACGCAUCAGAGCUCGCGCAAUGACAAUUCAGACGCGCGUUGCAUCGAUCAUCCAUUUUACAACCUGGGGAAAGACCCGAGUCCAGAUGAUCCGGUCAGAGGUCUAGAUCUGCCUUAGUGAGUGAUUCGCUCAGGCUCAGUGACAGAUUUCCUCUGAUGAGACUUUUAAGCUCGCUUCGAGUCUCGUUGUCUAUCGCCUCGUUUUUCUUGGUUUUC